ACGUGUGUACACAGCGCCAGGGGAAAGUCAUUCCGAGCCAUUUGGAGGAAUGCGACGACCGUUGGCUUUAUUGUACUUUUUUGUAGGCGAAUAAUAUGAGAUUUUGACUUCAAUUGAGCCGACCAGACGAACUUUUGUAUAUUUCUGCAUUUCUGGUGGUGGAAUAAACCCGAUGAUAUAGAACAAAAGCUGCGGGAGCAUGACCAAAAUGGGCAAAAGUGGCAUAUUCUGGGCAUCUACCUUCGUCUGUUUGUGUGUUCUUCAACAGGCUACCCAAGUCGGGUCCCAGUCUUCCCCAGUCAAUGUCGCCCUCAACAAGCCGAUAUCAGCCCGCAUCACCUGCGGCCUCAGUGGCCCUGAGAACUUCUACACCCACGGGGAGAUAUCCAAACCGCCCGGCCAACGCGUGUCCUCAACAUGCGACGCUAGCGUCCCCUCGCUGGCCCAUGGUCCCGGGAGCAUGGUGGAUCUAGACCCAGCCACAGGAGACGUGUAUACGUGGUGGCAGAGUACCUCUAGGAAUAGCCUGCUCAGUGCAGGGAUGCUGAUGCCCGAUACCCAAAUAACCAUUGAUUUGCAAGAGAGUUACAAAAUAGAAACGAUCCAGAUACAAAUGGGGGACUCGGUCCGUCCCAACCAGAUGGCUGUCUUCAAAUCCGUGGACGGCAUUUCCUUCACCCCUUGGCAGUACAAAGUCUCAUCAAGUGGUCAGUGCAUGACGGAGUUUGCAGUACCGCUGACUACAUCCGUGACUCAAGACUCUUCUGUACUUUGUACUGUGUACUCGAUCAGCUCUCAGCCAAGGAAUGAGGUGAUUACUUUCAACUUCAACCCUCCACAACAAUUCACUGAGUGGCAACGUGCCAGAUACGUACAGUUCAACUUCUACAACAUGGAGCGAAGUUUUGGUAUCUUUUCAGAUGAAUAUCAUCAUUACACAGUUCGCAACAUCAACGUUCUGGGCCAGUGUGAGUGCAACGGCCACGCCACUGACUGCACCUUGCAGCCCGUGGCCGGGGACUCGGAGCGCAUGACCUAUCAGUGUGUGUGCGGCGGGAACACCCAGGGCCCCACCUGCCAUCAGUGUCUGCCAUUCUACAACCAGCUGGCUUAUCAGACGGGCCAAUCUGGAUUCACUUGUCAAGAGUGCAACUGCUUUGGGCACAGUGACGUUUGCGCCUAUGACACAUUAGUUGGGAGGGUUAAUGGUAGCUUGGAUGCCAGCGGCAGCUACAAUGGUGGUGGCGUCUGCCAGGAGUGCCAGAACUUCACUGCAGGCAUUAAUUGUCAAGAGUGCCAGCAGUUUUACUUCCGUCCGUCCGACAAGCUCCAGACAGAUGAAGAUGCCUGCCAGUCCUGCGAGUGUAACAUCCCUGGCACCAGGGAGGACCCCAACACUGGCCUGGUCAAGGGAGAGUGUGUCAUGAACACUGACAGGCCUAGUCCAAGUGGAAUGCUUCCUGGAGGCUGUUACUGCAAGGUCAAUGUGCGGGGGUCAAAGUGUGAAGAGUGUGCUGAUGAAUUCUAUGAUCUGACUGACGCAAACUCAAAUGGAUGCCUCAGCUGUAACUGUUUCACUGUGGGAACCGUCUCGGCCUCAAACAUCUGCAACAAGGAUGCCACAGGCCAGUGCCCUUGCAAGAACUUCACCACAGGCCGCCGCUGUGACCAGUGUAUGGACGGCUACUACGGCCUGGCUGCUGCCAAUCCAGAGGGGUGUUUGGCCUGCUCUUGCGAUGCCGGAGGGGCGCUGAGUGCAACCUGUGAUAAGCAGUCGGGGGACUGUUCUUGUCGGAGUAAUAUUGAAGGGAGACAGUGCAACAGGGUGACGGCAUAUUCCUACUACCCAAGCCUACACUCGAUCAGCGCCGAGUUUGAAUCCAUCGGCCAUGCUAACUGGGAGAGAGACGGUGUUAACUAUCCCGGCUAUAGCUGGUAUGGCUACGUCACUCUUACAGGACAGAUGUCCACCACAACAACCCUGUCAGUUCCCCCCUCCCAGUUGAGUGGAACAUUCGAGAUAAUCCUCCGGGCAGCCAAUGAAGGUGCAACCCAAGUGGACCUGACCAUUACCCCAAGGGGCACGACCGCCGGCGACACCCAGCGAGGCAUCGUGAGCCUUCCCCUUUGCGCGACCUGGUGCUUUGAUGGCGUCGCACAAAAUGUGGAUGCGAGCCAGGGGUCAAGGUUCACGCUGGGCACCGGAGAGUGGGACGUGACAGUCACCGUGAAUGUCCAGGGUGGGGCAAGAGUGCUUUUUGAUCAAGUUGUUGCCCUCCCAGUGGAGUUCAGUGAACCCUCAGCACUGCUCGGAGAUGCCUCAGACUUUAUGAGUGCUUGUGAUGUCUACAACAAUAACAUGAGGAUUGGCACUAGUCAAGAGUCCCUUUGCCUUGCCAGUGUGUUUAGUCUGACUGCGUUCUACUUUGAUGGUGCCAAGCCGUGUGAUUGUAACCCCAUGGGUAGUGCCUCAUUGCAGUGUGAGCCGUACGGUGGGCAGUGCCAAUGCAAGCCUGGCGUAGGGGGCCGGACGUGCGAUAUGUGCCUGCCGGAGUUUUACGCCUUCAGAAGCACGGGGUGUACACCUUGCAACUGUUUUGGCGAUAACAAAGUCUGUGACAUGACCACGGGACUGUGUGAUUGUCCUCCCAACACGGCCGGUCAGAGAUGUGACCGGUGUGUCAUCUUUGCCUGGGGAUUGGACAGCACUAAUGGAUGCCAGCUGUGCAACUGUCACAUGUUAGGCUCAAUCAACCCCCAAUGUGACCAGACCAACGGUCAGUGUACCUGUCAGCUGGGGGUAGGGGGCAUGAGGUGUGACCAGUGUCUGGACGGCUACAAGGAACUGACCGCUAGCGGCUGCACCACCUGCCAGUGUGACCUGGCUGGUAGCCAGGGGACCACCUGUGAUAAAUCAACUGGCCAGUGCCCAUGCAAGGAUUUAACGGAGGAUUUGACAUGCGAUCGGUGCGUCGCAGGAGGCUUCUAUAAUUCACCUUUACACCGUACUGGAUGUCUGGAGUGUGUCUGCAUGGGAGUCACUGCAGUAUGCGACAGCACACACAAUAGGAUCAGUCAGUACACCAUACCAACAGAUGCCAGUUUCCUUGCCAAUUGGACCUUGGUUUCGGACCUCUCUACACAAGCCGUGUUCCCCACUUCGCCCACUGCAGCACCCAUCAACGACACUGACCUGAUCACCGUGACAGUCCAAGCUGGGCAGGACGCCUACUGGGUACUGCCCUCCCUGACUGGCAAUCUUCUGGGUGUAUAUGGGAGUCGCCUUCGGUUCUCCUUGCAGUACUCGGCCCAGGGUCCCCCUGAGUCUGCUGUAGCCAAAGAGGCUAGGAUUUAUAUCAAGGGCCUUGGGAAUACGUACGUGCACAGUCUGCGAACUGUGCCUUUGGAUGAUUUGCAAGCGUUUUCCAUCCAGAUUGCAGAGACCGAGUUUCUACAUGAGGGCACCAGUGCACUUGUGAACCGGUCAGAGUUCGUGCAGACCCUGAGUGCUGUGGAUGGGAUUCUGGUAUCGGCCUCGCUUACUGUCGUGACCCACCAGUCCAGUAUUGGUGAAGUGUCCUACUUUGAAGCAACGGGUCCAGAGUCUCCCCUGUACGACCCGUUGGCAAUGAGGGCGCUCUCCGUAGAGCAGUGCAGCUGUGGGGAUGGGUAUACUGGCUAUUCAUGUGAGGAUUGUGCUGCUGGUUACCGUCGAUUCAAUGUGACCGGCCAUCCGUUCUUUGGACAGUGCGUGGCGUGCAAUUGUAAUGGACACAGCGGGUCAUGUGACCCUCUGACUGGCGAGUGUAUGGAGUGUAGUCAUAAUACCAUGGGUUUUAACUGUGAGAGUUGUGCUGAUGGUUUCUAUGGCGAUGCUACCAAUGGUACAGCCAAUGACUGUUCCAUGUGUCCUUGCAGCCCACCCCAGGCUCAGACUACCUCGUGCUCAGUGAUUAAUGGCAAUGUCACAUGCUCAGCAUGCAACCCUGGUCAUCUAGGACCACUGUGUAACAACUGUGAUGCUUUCCACUUUGGUCAGCCGAAUCUUCCGAAUGGCUUCUGCAUGCCUUGUUUCUGUAAUGGCAACACGGAGGAGUGCAACACAGCCACUGGCCAGUGUUUGGCCUGUGGGUCACGAACGACGGGGUUCAACUGCGAGAGGUGUCAGGAUUUCACCUUUGGAAAUGCCUCUGUGCGCAACUGCCAAGAUUGCAACUGUGACUCUGCGGGUUCCACUAGCGACCCCUGCCACCACUCCACAGGCCAGUGCCCCUGCCUCCCCGGUGUCGGUAAUCGACGCUGCGACGUCUGCCUGCCCAACUUCUACAACUUCUCAUCCGAGGGCUGCCAGGCAUGCCAAUGCAAUGAGUUUGGCUCGAGCAGCCUGCAGUGUGGUGAGGAUGGGGUCUGCUCCUGCCAGGGUAAUGUUGUUGGGGAGAAAUGUGACCAGUGCCAGCUGGGUUAUUUUGGGUUGCCUCAGCAGCCAUGCACAGCCUGUGAUUGCGAUGUCAUCGGCUCAGAGGGCGGGGCCCUAGCCUUUUGUGAUGUCAUCACUGGUCAGUGUCCGUGUAAAGUGGGCGUGGGCCCACGUCGUUGUGACCAGUGUCUGCCGACGUACGUCAACUUCACUGACACAGGAUGCAGCAGAUGUGAUCAGUGCGUGGACACACUCCAGAACUCCACUGUGGACCUCAGUGCCCUCUGGACGCUCCUGUGGGAACAGGCAAGCCUCCUGAAUGACCUCCAACAGCGGGACUCGGAGCUGGUGGUCCUACGACCCCAGGUCACUCAGACCGUGACCCAGCUCAACGCCACCCUGGCCAGCUUUGCCGGGCUGAGGGGUCAGAUCCAAGGCAUCGAUGAGCAAGAGUUUGUGGCAAAGGUGGACGGCCUUGUCCUGAUGGUGGGCCAAGCCAUGGAGGACUCACAGAUGCUCCUCAACAAUGCCACUAUCCAGCUGGAGCGCGUCCAAGCUCUGCAAGCCCAGGCCGAGUCUGUCCUGGAGGGAGUCCGUCAGGCCAACCAAACGGCUCGAAGUCAUGUAGGUACCUUGGGUGUGUGGAACACCUCGGCCACCUUGCUGCCUGCCAUGGCCCAGGGCAAGCUGGAUGGGUUGACGGUGGUGUCCUUUGAUGAACAGGAGAGGCUGAUCAGGGCGGAGCUGAUGAGAAGCCAGAACGCAUCACGAGAUGCUGAGGCAUUGCUGACCACGAUCACAUCACAGUCAUCAGCCAGCAAUGACUUAAGUGCCACUGUUACCUCAGCAGAGUCAGAGUUCCUAGCCACUAUGCAGAUAGUGACUGACACCCACACAUUAUUAGACGAUAUCGAAGAUACGCUCCGACAAAUUGGGUCCGUCAUUAAUCAAACCGAGACUCAGUUGAAUUAUUCCAGCCUGCUGCUAUCGCAAUCCCAGUCAAUUCUUCAGCAAAUUGAAACCACGCUUACGCUCAGUAGAGCCGACAUCUCUGAUGGAAACCAAGCCUUUGCAGAUACAGACAUCAUCAGACGGGGAGCUGCUGAUGGUGCAAGUGGGGUGCCAGUGGACCCCAGCAUUGAUCAAAAAGGUCAGAAUGGUUGGAUCAGUGCCCACUCCGCUGCUCGGACCUCAGACAUGGUGGUAGCCAACCUGCAGCCUGUCAUUGAGACUGACGUCCUGAAUGCUGAGAGUCACGUCCUCACUCUCACCUCGGCAGCACAGGAAUCAAGCAGAUUGUUUGAAGGAGCCCAAACCCCCGGCCAGGAAGCCGUGGACGUGGUCAAGCGCUACCAAGAAGUGGUCUCCUCCUUCGCAGCUGCCGAUCUGAUGUCCAGGGCAGCCAACGCCAGUGUCCACACCACGCAGCAGACCGUGGCUGACCGCACCCUAGCUGCUCUGCAAGAAGAUGCCCGAAGGUCCAAGGAAGAUAGCUUGACACUGCAGAAUACGAUCAACCAGAGGAACACUGACAUAGCAGGUUUAGAGAGAUCCCUGACGACAGCCAAUGAGACUCUUAUAUCAGCUGAGGAAUUGUGGGAUACCAAUGCAGUCAGUCACAUGACUCUACAGACAGAGGCCAAUGCCCUUUCGCAAAUAGCCAGCGAUCCACAGAUUCAACCAGCCAUUGACCAGGGUCUCAACACGGCUAACCGGGCCCUCGGAUUCAGUGAAGUCACCCUCAAUAACACACAAACUCUGGAGGACAUACUCAUUGCUAAUGAGAAUGACAUCCAGGCUGUUCAAGAGACUAUCGAUAACGCGACCAGUCUACUGGGCACAACCCCUGCCAUAAUCAGCGAAGUCGAGACAGACCUGACCAGCCUUGCCCAGAAGACAAUCAACUUGUCAGCACUGCAAAACGAAACCUCACAGAUGCGCAGCGCCAUCGACGAGCGGCUGGCACGUCUCAGGCAGAAACUGCGCAACGUGCAGGACCGGAUUGCCAACACCAGGCAACCAGCACGCUUCGCCGGCCAGACGUCGCUGGAGAUCCAGCUGGAUUCACCCGUCCAGUCCAAGUUGUCCAAUGAGAUUCAAGUAGACUUCAAGGUGGAUCGUCAGGACGGCCUUGUGUUCUUCAUUGAGAACCCGGCCAACCAGUACUACAGUGUGGAAGUGGUGGCCGGCAAGGCCCAGUUCAGUUUCAAUGUCAACCGGGAUGCAGUCACCAUUCAGAGUCCCAUAGAGGUCUGCUGUGGGGAAUGGUAUCAUGCUAUUGGGACUAGAUAUGCUAAUGAGGGACAGCUCUCAGUUGUCCAGCUGAGCACUGGAGGGGCGUCUACCACGUACAGCCGGAGUACCUUCAUGUACAACAAGUACUUCUCCUUCCCGCCGAACAAGACAGCAUUCUACGUCGGGGGUCUCCCAAGCUCGUAUCAGACCAGUAAAGUCAACAGUCGUAGCUUUGAAGGCUGUAUCUCGGACGUCAUGUUUGAUGGCCAGGAGCUGGACCUCUGGCGACCCACGUCCCAGGAAGGAUCCACAUCGUGCUGCCAGGGGGCAGUCGAACCUAUCACCCCUGAACCGGAGGUCUCACCUGGAGCUAGCUUCAAUGGCUUCGGCUACUUCCAGCUCCCCCAGGAUGAUUUUGACGUGUUCGAGUCAGCGACCGUAUCGCUAGACUUCCAGACCUCAGUGCCUGAGUCGGUCCUGAUGAUCGUGACCCGACCUGACCUCAUCUCCUACAUCGGUGUCUUCAUGGAGUCUGGCAAUGUCAUGUUUGAGAUGAACACUGCUGGGAAUGCCAGAUACAUUCUCAGGACCCUGCAGACCUACAAUGAUGCAACGUGGUACAGGGUCAGUGUUUCCUUCAACACCACCCAUUACCACAUGGACAUCGGCUAUGCCAACCAGACAGAUGCUUUUCUGGAGAGUUUUGAGUCGCCCACACUAGCCCCCUUAAGAUUCACCAAUCUACGCUACGCUUUCAAGUUAUUCCUGGGAUCUCCCGACCCAUCGCUUGCUUCUGGUACCAUACGGGGCCCCACCAAUCUGCGUUUUGCGGGCUGCAUGAAGGAUGUGCAGCUAUCUAAUGGAACCACUGACAGCCUGAUCAGCCGACCGUUGACAAACACAUCGGCUGUCUCAUAUCAGGGAGUCUCAUUCGACGGCUGCAGAGCUAAUGUGGCAGCCGGUGUUGGUUUCUCAGGUCCCUUUGCCUUUGCCAAGUUUUAUCUUCCCAGCCAGCUGGCCCGGACCCAGUCCAUCAGCUUCUCCUUCAAGACGUCUGAGCCUCACGGUAUCCUGGCUUACAGCUACGGCACACUCAGCUUUAACAAGCUGUUUUACAUUGCUCUGUACCAUGGCAAUGUCUUUGUCCAGUAUAACGCUGGUGAGGGAUUGUCCGAGCCACUGCAGACAGUGGGACUACGUCUGAACACAGGGCAGUGGCAAGAAGUGACUGUACAGUUCAUGGGGCUCUCUGCUUCUCUGAAGGUGAAUGACCUGCCCACCAUAUACAGCAUGCGUCACUUGCAGACUGAUGGCAUAGACAUCGUGGGACUCAAUAGCUACCUUUUUGUGGGCGGAGUUCCUAGCACCACGCCCAUUCUGAUUGGUGGAGAGUUCCCAGUACGCAGAUCCCUGAGCGGUGAUCUGAACGAUUUCAGAAUCAACUCGCUCUUGGUGAACUUCAACGAUGCCUCUAUAGUCAUAGACCACCGCGGGCUGGACCUGUCUGGCAUUGCCCCACCGGCAUCCGAGCUACCACCGCUCCCCUACCCCACCACGCCAGCCCCCACCGGCACCUCGGCACCCAUGACAUGCCGGGAUCCAACCCAGAUCAUCCCUUACCCUGGGGUGGUCAGGUUCGGUGCUACGGAGAACAGCUACCAGGCUUACCGGCUUGCACCUGCAGAUGCUGCGUUGUUUUUGAAUAGCUUUGUGAUCAGGCUUGCGUUCCAUGCAGUCUCACCGGAUGGCGUGCUGCUCUAUGCAGCCAACAGCAACACCAACCCACGCCAGUUCAUGGGCCUGGUCAUGAUGAAUGGCAGACUGUCCUUCAAUAUCCUGACGGACUCUCGCGCCAUGACGGGCUUCAACAUAGCCACCAGGGAACGCUAUGAUAACGCCCUCUGGCAGGAGGUGACCAUCCUGCGCAUCAAUGAUUUUGUGGCCAUCCUAGUGGAGAAGACCAGGGAUUACAAAAAUAACGGGGUGUCGUCAGAUGCCGUCACCUCAAGCAUUGCCAUCAACACAGACCUAUACGUUGGAGGCAUCGGGCCAGCCAUUAGUACCGCAGGGUUCCCACUGCAGAUUUCCAGACCAUUUGACGGCUGCAUCAGGAUGCUGGAGGUCCAGUUUGGCACACCGCCCAAUUUGAACUUUAACCUCAGCAAUCCAACUAGCGCUACCGAUGUGCGACCCUGUAGCAUGAAUGAGGUGGACCUGGGAGGCUUCUUUGAUGGCACUGGCUGGCUCCUCCUUCAAAACGACUUCCGAAUCGGUGACAGCCUAGAGAUCCAAUUCACCAUACGUACUGCAAUGCAAAAUGCGCUGUUGCUGGCCAUAUCGGGGGAUGCCCAGAACUUCAUUGCAAUGGACAUUUACAAUGGCUUGGUGAGGGCGAUAGUCAGCCACGGCUUCAUGUCAUCCUACAUCGUCCGUUCCACCACGCUGGCCAGCGAGUUUGCAAUCUGUGACAAUCAGCCCCACCUCCUGCACCUGUCCUUCACAUCAGCUGCACUCAGGCUGACCAUAGAUGAUAACCCUAGCGAUGUGGCAUCCUUCGAUGCAGGCACGCCCACCGUGGCGGCCAGUAAUGGCCUGGCCGUGUACAUUGGAGGAAUACCUGAUUCCACCACCGUGCCCCUUAUCAGUGGGAUCUCCACCCAGUCCUUCCAUGGCUGCAUGCAGGGGCUCCUCAUCAACAACUCUACCACCGAGUUCAGAAACAACCUGGGCAGUGUCGGCUUCACCACUGGUUGCCCCCGCCCACUCUAGGCAAGGUUUCCAGUUUGCACUCCUCAGUGGCAAAUUAUUAACAUUUGUAACACUUGUUUUGGAUAAUUGCAAAUGUUAAUGACUUCUGAAAUUGUUGCCAUCUUGAAAUUUGUUCAAACGAUUAUGUUUUAAGGUUCAUGUUCCAUUUGAUGAUCGAUUUGAUGAUUGUUGUUAUGAUCAUGUUUCUUUGUCCCUGUUUAAUUGACAACUACCAGUGUCAUUUCAAGAGACAUUUGUUAAAACCCAGAAACAAAACAUAUCUUUUAAUAUUAAAAGAUAUGUUUUGUUUCUGGGUUUUGUUUUCAAGCAUGGGGCUGGUUUUGUAUGUUUUGCUUUGUAUUGAAUUUGUUUCCAGUUUUUUUAUGUUUUGAGGCAUAAAGUUGUCUGCAAAUGCAGUUGGAUGUACUAAACUUUGUCAGAAAAUAGAACCACUUGUAAUUCAAAGUGAUCGCACAUACACACUCUCAGUACUUAAUAUUUUUAUCGCUCAGUUUUACUGCUGUGGACAUACUUUAACUGCUAUGGACACUUGACAUUUUUUAAAAUGUGAGAUUUAUUCCCACCUUGUUUCAAGUUAACCAGUUUUACAGAAGUAGGCUAAAAGCCUCAGCCAAGUUCUAUUUUAUUCUGGUAACCACCAGAACAUUUUCAUUUCAUCCAACAAAUUCUCCCCGUAGCACAAUUAUGUUCAAUAUGGCUUGGAAGUUGAGACAGUUGUUUUUUUUAAUAAAAAUUCAUUUAAACUUCAAGUAACAGGCAUAGUGGUGCUAUAUUUUCACACAUUCACCAGUUUUUAACUAGAUGUUUUUAUUGUGCAUGGUUUGAAAUCUGUAUCUUUUAAAAAAAAAUUCAUACUCCAUGCAAAUGCAAACGUGAACGUGUAAAUUUGUUAGGUGCUACAAAUUCACAACAACUAAACAGUUUUCAAAUCUGGACAAUUCUACAGGCUAUGUUUCACGCAUCACAAUUCACUUAAUAUUUGCAUGGAGUAUAAACUGGCUUUUACUGUUGCUUUUGGUUUCUUUUGAGUUUGCAUGUUGUUUGAUUUAGGCCUUUAUAAUAAUACUGUUUGUUUUUAUUAAUUUGAAGUAUUUACACAGUUGAACUUGGUGCUAUCAUAGCGUGCCAGGUCGAUAUACCUUACUCUUUGAACUCAUUGCCUUCAAUAAGACGGAAUUAGAACAAGGAGCUAUGACAGUCUGCUCGACGCAAGGUAUGCGAGGAGUGAGUGAACAUAUUAAACUACUAUUCAUAAAUACCU